AUGUCCAAGAUGAGGGAGUUUCAACAUGAUCUCGACCGGUUCAAGCUAAGCCCGAUUUGUGGCAUCAUUCUUGUCAACGGCAAGAGCUUGAAAGACAGAUUGACGCCCAUCCCAGAGGCUACAUUGAACUGCGUGAAAAACUGCCUCAUUGGCCUGGCCCGGGACAAGUGCAAGGAAUGCUACAGUCGGUACGAUUCAGUCAACAAGCUCCUGGAAGAAAGAUCGAAGGAUCUGGGCAAGUUCGCAAAUUAUGUGAAGAUGUAUCACAACGUCCAAGAUGAGAGGCCGGAGAUGGAAGACCUCAUGUUCGAGGUAGAGCAGAUGUAUUCCCUGAUAAGGGAGUACAAGGUAAGGAUGCCUGGCGACGACGAAGUUGUCUAUGAGGGUCUGAAGGCGAAGGAGAGCGAUUUCACCAACAAGAAGAUGAUUGAAGCUAGCCAGUUCAUCGCCGAGAUGAAAGAGGAGAUGGCGCUGGAGACGUACCAGAGGGCUCUGAAGGUCGAAGAGGAGAUGAAAGGCGUGUCGGAGGAACUCUUCACUGGGAGCUUUAUUGAUGCAGAGAAGAUCGUCGUCGCUCAUGAGGUGCUGGAAGAAUUGGACAAGAUCUUGGAAACCAAGGUCAAGGUGCUGGAAGAGCGAGCACAUACAUUCACUGACUACGAGGGCUUGCUCGGUGCAGCCCCUCAAGUCCAAGCUGAGGAGGAAAGCAACGGACACUUCCAGUUCGUCGAGGUGGCAAAGACACGGAAAGUUUUCGAUGACAAGCUCAAGCUUUGGGAGGUUACGGCCCAGUGGCAAGAGAUGUCCCACAACUGGAACGUGUCUGAGUUUGUCAAGGUGGAUGUCGAAGCUAUGAACAAGCAAGUAAUGGCAUCUUACAAGACGGCAAAUGGCUUGACGAAGUCGUUGGAGGGCGAUGAGGUGGCUGUCAGAGUCAAAGGGAUGAUCGAGGAAUGGCGUGAGCGCAUGCCCUGCAUCCUUGAUCUUGGAAACCCGGCUCUCCGUCCUCGGCACUGGGAGAAGAUCUUUAAAAAGAUCAACCUGGCGUACAAGGGCCCAACGUCGGCGAGCAGCAUCAGUUUGACACAGCUUGAGGGCAACGGGGUCUUCGACCACCGCGAGUACGUGUCCGAAGUUUCUGCAAAUGCCAGCGGCGAGUUUGCUCUGGAACAGUCUUUGGAGCAGGUGAUAGCUGCCUGGGCAGAUUUGGAACUGCCGAUCAUGAACCACAGGAACCAGAAGGACUUGUGGAUUCUGGGAGACCUCCAGGAUGUCAUCACUCUCUGCGAGGAUCACAGCGUGACCAUUGCAACGAUGAUGGGGAGCCGCUUCAUUCACGGCAUACGCGAGAAGGUGGAGAUCUGGGAGAAGAGAAUAAACCAGGCGGCGGAUGUCAUCGAUGAGUGGUACACAGUCCAGCGAGCCUGGAUGUAUCUGGAGAACAUCUUUUCGGCAGAGGACAUCCAGCGGCAGCUGCCACAGGAAGCAGCAAAGUUCAAGCAGGUUGACAAGUUCUGGAAGGACUUGUUCCGCAAGGUGCGCCAGAAGGACAAGCUCUGCAUGGAUGCGUUCCACAUUCCCGGGAUUCUUGAGCGCCUCAAGUGGGCCAACGACACGUUGGACCAUGUCCAAAAGCAACUGGAGGCUUAUUUGGAGACAAAGCGCGCAGCCUUCCCCAGGUUCUACUUUCUCUCCAACGAUGAGUUGCUCAGCAUCCUUUCGCAGACGCGGAAUCCACACGCCGUCCAAGAGCACAUGUGCAAGUGCUUUGACUCUAUCAAUCGCGUGGUGUUCUCGGAGACGGCUCCUGGUGAAAUUCUUGGCAUGAGCGACAUGAUCAAGGAAUAUGUCCCAUUCGUGCAGCCAGUCGUGACCGGUCCUAUCGUUGAGAAGUGGCUUAGUGACAUCGAGGUUGCCAUGGUGAAUGGCUUGUACGACGCGAGCAAGCAGGGUCUUCUCGCCUAUCCGGAGGAUGGCACGAACAGAACCGAGUGGUUGCUCGAGGGUCCGUACUCUGCGCAGAGCAAGAUCUUGGUGGAUCAGCAGUUCUGGACUGCUGAGACGGAGAAGGCUCUUUGCAAAAUUGCCGCCGGCGAUGCAAAUGGCAUGAAGGACAACAUAGAGUUCCACAACCAGCAGCUGAAAAACAGUGUCAGCAUCGUUCGCAUGCAGCUCACCAAGAAUCAGCGAGUUCUGAUGGGAGCCUUGAUCGUCCUCGAUGUCCACGGCAUCACGGUGCUCGAGAAUCUGAUGGAAGCGGGCACAAGCAGCUUGAACGAUUUCGAUUGGAGCAAGCAGUUGCGCUACUACUGGGUGCCAGAGUCCGAGGAGGUGGAAACUUCCCUGAUCAACAUGGUCUCGGAUGACUGUGUCUGCCGACAAACCAUUGCCUGCUUCAAGUACUCGUACGAGUAUUUGGGAAACACGCCGCGACUGGUUGUCACGCCCUUGACCGACAAGUGCUACAUGACGUUGACAGGCGCCAUGCACCUGAAUUACGGUGGUGCACCCGCUGGUCCAGCCGGCACAGGAAAGACAGAGACCACAAAAGACUUGGGUAAAGCCUUGGCCGUGCCGGUCGUGGUGUUCAACUGUUCCGAUGGCCUCGACUACAAAAUCAUGGGCCGAUUCUUUUCAGGUCUUGCCCAGGCAGGAGCAUGGGCCUGCUUCGACGAGUUCAAUCGUAUCCAGGUCGAAGUCCUCAGCGUGAUUGCGCAACAGAUGCUGACAGUGACACAGGCUAUCCGGCAGCGAAAAGAAGUUUUCGAGUUUCUGGGCAACGAGAUCCCUUUGAAUCGACGCUUCGGGGUGUACAUCACCAUGAACCCUGGAUAUGCUGGACGAGCUGAGCUUCCGGACAACUUAAAGGCGCUCUUCCGCCCCGUCGCCAUGAUGGUUCCAGACUACGGGCUGAUUGCUGAGAUCAUUCUGUAUUCAGAGGGUUUCAACGCGGCCAAGAUGCUUGCUCGGAAGAUGGUGAACCUCUAUCGGCUUUCCUCAGAGCAGCUUUCGAAACAGGAUCACUAUGAUUUUGGCAUGCGAGCCGUGAAGUCAGUUCUGGUCAUGGCUGGACACCUGAAGCGUCAGAAUCCAGAUUUGGAAGAGAAUGUGACGCUCAUCCGCGCGCUCCGUGAUUCCAACGCACCCAAGUUCCUGUCUUUCGACCUGCCGCUUUUCAGUGGCAUCAUCUCAGACUUGUACCCCGAUGUCGUCAUUCCAGACGUGGACUACGGAAAGUUGAAGACGGAGAUCGAGAACCAGUUGCGCUUGGUGAACUUGCAGGUAGUGCCUUCCUUCCUGACCAAGAUCACGCAGCUCCUUGAGACACAGCUUGUGAGGCAUGGCGUCAUGUUGGUGGGCUUGACGAUGACGGGGAAGUCCACGAACUCCAACAUCCUGGCGAAGACUCUCACGCAGCUGAAGAAGGACGGUUCCACGGAUCCGGCCCACCAGCUCACCAAGAUCUUCUUCUUGAAUCCCAAGAGUAUCACGAUCGAGGAGCUCUACGGGUCCUUCAAUGAAAACACGGGCGAGUGGAAGGACGGCCUGGUGGCGAUCCUGGUCCGUGAAGCGGUCAGUGACACCUCAGACAACAAGAAAUGGGUGAAUUUCGAUGGCCCAGUUGAUGCGAUUUGGAUCGAGAACAUGAACACAGUGCUGGAUGACAACAAGAUGUUGUGCCUGUCCAACGGAGAGCGGAUCAAACUCCCUCCGAGCAUGACUGUGAUGUUCGAGGUGAACGAUUUGGCAGUAGCAUCGCCUGCCACGGUCAGCCGAUGUGGCAUGGUUUAUCUCGAGCCGGUUCACCUGGGCUGGAAGCCGCUCAUCCAGACGUGGGUGGAAAAGUUCCAGGUGAAGUUCCCAGAGUUCGCCAAGGACAUCGGGAAAUGGGCAACAUCCGUCUGCGAAGAGGCCCUCCCGUACAUUCGGGAAGAGUGCCAGGAAGCUCCUGGAAUACCGAGCAUGGAUGCAAACCUGGUGCAGGCUUACCUGAGAAUGCUGACUGCAUUCAUCUCGGAGCCCCAUCAGCUCGUGCCAGAAGGUGACGGUGCCAAGCCGCUGAAGGCUGAUGAGGAUGCAAAGAAGCUGGUUCGAAUUUACACGGCUAUGUCCGCCAUCUGGUCUCUCGGAGCGAACAUCCACGAGAAUUCGCGAUCCAAGUUUGUGGCCCGGAUUCGCCCGCGGCUUCAGCUGUUCUGUCCAGAGGUUCCGGACAGUGGUGAUCUCUACAUGUUGGCCGUCAACGACGAUGAUGGAAAAAUCCAUCCGCUCGCUGACAUCGUCCCGAGUUUCAAUUUCAAUCCGCAGGAGCCUUUCUUCAACAUUUUGGUCAACACUCCCGAGACGGUCGGGCAACGAAUGCUGGUUGAAAACUUGAUGGUGGCGAACUUCAACGUGCUGUUCUCCGGAGAGACAGGUGUUGGCAAGUCGGUUGUCAUUCAGCAGUUCCUGAACACGGCGGGCGAGCUCUUUGCAACCGCAAGUGCCAACUUCAGCGCCCAAACAAGCACUGCCAACGUUGUGGACCAAUUUGAGAACCGGCUCGAGCGCAAGCGCAAGACGCUGCUGGGAGCUCCUCCUGGCACCACGAUGAUCUUUUUCGUGGAUGACGUCAACAUGCCCAUGCUUGAGUUUUAUGGGGCCCAGCCUCCAAUUGAGCUGCUGCGGCAGGUGAUCGACUAUGGAGGCUUUUAUGACAAGAAGAAGCUCUUCUGGAAACAGGUGGCCGACACUCAAUUUAUCUUGGCUUGCGGCCCACCUGGUGGAGGUCGCAUGGCUGUGACGCCCAGGCUCUUCCGCCACUUCAACAUGAUAUGGAUCCCGGAACAGGUUGAGAUGAACGGCGGCGGACCUUGGUACGGUUCCAACUCAGGCAGCUACAGUGGAGAUGGUGGUUUUGGCGGAGACUACGCAUCCGGCAGUUAUGGCUACGGAGGCUAUGGCAACGGCUAUGGUGACUCCUGGGAGGGAGGAAAAGGCAUGAAGGGUGCAGGCAAAGGUGGUGGAAAGGGUGCAACGAUGUAUACCGGAGACUAUUCGUCCGGCAAUUACGGCUAUGGAAGCUACGGCGAUGGUUAUGGUGACUCCUGGGAAGGAGACAGCAAAUUCUACAUGCAGGGAAACCGUGGUGAUACCUACUCUCAUGGCGAUGGUGGUUCUGGAAGCAAGGACUGGUCAUGCGCGACAGCUCCUGCGCAGAAGUCUGCCAUGUGUCCCGGCUACAACGACUGGGGAAAUGAGUGGGAUGCUCAGGACGCAUCUGCGCAAAGGCGGAUGGAUCGCAAAGAACGUGACGUCGAAGAAGAGUUGCUGGCAGAAGAGAUGGAAGAGAUGGAGCGCAUAGACAAAGGGCAGCGAGACAAUGACAACGCAAGCGAGGCCGUGCUUGUCUUAAUUGUUGCCGGCGGCUGGCUCGGUGUCAACAAGCCGGACCUCCAGGAGCUUUCGGUUCCAGUCAUCAACGCGACAGUGAAGAUGUUCUUCCAGAUCUCAAAGGACCUGCUACCGACACCAGUGAAAUGUCAUUACACCUUCAAUCUUCGCGACCCCGCAAAGAUGGUACAGGGCAUGCUCAUGGUGGAUGUGAAGACCUCGCUCAAAAGCAACCAGGAAAACUUGUGCGUGCAAUGUCUGUACCAUGCGUGA